GCCAGCACCGAUCCAUCCGAACAGCACCGAUCCAGCCCCGCACUGCCCACCGAUCAGCAUCGAUCAGACACCACCAUCCAGUCCCCUUGUCGUCCCGCCACUCGUCGAGAUCCGAAUCACCAUCAUGGGCAAGCUGGGUAUCGCCGCAAGCCAGGUCAGGCUCUUCGUCACCGACAUUGACGGAACCCUCCUCAGCUCCGACCACAAGCUCUCGGAGCGCAACAUCAGGGUGAUCCGGAGCUUCAUCAAGAACCAUCCCGACGUUCCCCUGAUCCUGGCCACCGGCAAGAGCUUCCCCGCCAGCCUCGAGAUCUGCCAGGCCAUUCCAGAGCUCCUCGGCACAGGCAUCUUUGUGCAGUGCAACGGCGGCUAUGUCCUGACCACCCGGGCCGAUGCUCACAGCACGCCGCUCGCCCGUCCUCUCGUUGGGAAUGUCCCGUCGUCACUUGCAUCCCUGAGGGUCCUCCAUCAGACGAUGGUGCCGCCGCUGGAGGCCAUGUACUUCCUCCAUCACGCCUAUGUCAACAGAGUCUCGCCGGUCAUCUACUCGGGCUCGGAUCUGUUUUCCUUCCAGGCUCCGGCCGAGACCCAUCCCAACCACGAGUCGCUGCUGGGCAUCACGGUGCGCUACCACGAGCCCGCGGUGCUGAAGCUGGGCUAUGAUGAUCUGAUCGAAAGGGUCUUGACCGGAGACAUUGUCGUCAACAAGAUCGUCUAUGUGGCCACCGUGGAGACGCUCUCCGGUAUUGUCGCCGCCCUCGAGGCCAUCGGCGAGACGGCCGUGCCAGAGCCGAUCCAGCGCAACCCCCGUUACCGACUGCAUCUGUCACGGUAUGUGGCAGCGGGCCAUCCGGAAUCCGGCCCCAUCCGGCUGUCGCCCCUGCAGCCCGUCCAGCUCGUCCAGACCACAUCUGAGACGAUCGAGAUCAUCCCGCGCGGCUCGUCCAAGGGCCGCGCCCUCGAGAUUAUCUGCGGCAAGGAUCACCUCGACAUCCCGCUGGACUCUGUCGUGGCCAUGGGCGAUGCCAUGAACGACGUCGAGAUGUUCAAGACCGUGGGCUUUGGCAUUGCGGUUCAGAACGCCUCCGAGCCGGUCAAGGCCGCAGCGGCCCUCGUCUGUGAGUGGUCCAACGACCAGGACGCUGUGGCGAGCUGCAUCGAGGACAUAUUCGGACCACAUUCCACUUAGCGGCAUACAUAUAGCCCAGCUCGUUCAGAACGAAACGGGAGCGCCCCUGUACAUUCCUUCGCAACAAUCACGGCCUGUUGUUGGUUUAGGGAGCACCUUAUUGAUAUAUAAAAUGGACUCGACUAUCUGAA